AGCGUCCCAACCGCCGACCAGAUCCUCGUCCCUGAGACUCUCCUGAAGAAGCGCAAGAGCCAGGAGAAGGCCAGAGAGGAGAGAGCUGCCGAGCUCGAGAAGAAGCGCAAGGCUCAAAAGGAGAAGCGCGCUGUCAUCUUCAAGCGUGCUGAGAAGUAUGUGAAGGAGUACCGUGACGCUGAGCGCGAGAAGAUCCGUCUUGCCCGAUUGGCCAAGCAGGAUGGUUCCUUCUACAUCCCAGCUGAGGAGAAGUUGGUCUUUGUUGUCCGUAUCAAGGGUAUCAACAAGAUUGCACCAAAGCCUCGCAAGAUUCUCCAACUCCUCCGUCUUCUCCAGAUCAACAACGGUGUCUUCGUUCGCAUGACCAAGGCUACCCUUGAGAUGCUGAAGGUCGUUGAGCCAUGGAUCGCCUACGGAUACCCCAACCUGAAGACCGUCCGUGAGCUCAUCUACAAGCGCGGAUACGGUAAGAUCAACAAGCAACGCAUUGCCCUUACCGACAACGCUCUCAUUGAGGGAAGCCUCGGCAAGUACGGCAUUGUCUGCAUGGAAGACUUGAUCCACGAGAUCUACACUGUCGGCCCCAACUUCAAGCAAGCCGCCAACUUCCUCUGGCCAUUCAAGCUCAGCAACCCCACUGGUGGUUUCCGCACAAGAAAGUUCAAGCACUUCGUUGAAGGAGGAGAUGUUGGUAACCGUGAGGACAAGAUCAACGCUUUGAUCAGACAGAUGAACUAG